AUGGCCGCGCAAAAUAAAGUGGAAAGUGGGUCGGAAGAUAUGCCGGCGGCCACGGAUCCCAGUGCUGAGCAAAAGGAACGUUUGAUAGCUGCCGUGAAGAAAGAAGUUAAGCAGUUAAUGGAAGAGGCUGUAACACGAAAAUUCGUUCACGAAGAGAGUGGUGGGGUGACUGCCCUUUGCGGCGCAGUGGAAGCGUGUCUCGGUCAAGGGCUAAGACGGCGCGCUCUUGGUCUUUUCAAGACCAGCUCAACUACAGCUCUGUUACAUAAGAUUGCUAAGCACUGUCCCGAGGCAGCACUCGUAUCAGCUCGGGUGCUGGGGGCUGAAGGGGCGCCUGCUACUAGGUCAGCAUCUGGAGUUGAAAGAAGACCUUCAGCACCACGACCACCUCUUAACAAGAGAGGCUCAGGCUCUUUACUAUCACAGUCACCACCACAAUCAAAGUACCUGUGGAUACGAAUAGCUCUAUUCGAGCGCCAAUUAGCCAAAAUCAUCGAACAUCUGGUGAACAACGCUAACAGAUAUUACGAGAGGGAUGCACUAGUAGCAGAUCCUGAUUACGGCAGCAUACUCAGUUCUUUACUUGUUGGACCGUGCGCAUUGGAGUACUCUAAAGCGAAAGCUCCCGCUUGUUUCUGGUCGGAUCCCCCAGCAGAUGAACUAGUUCAAAGGCAUAGAAUGUCCGCGGGUACCACAACUCCCCCGUCUGUGCGAAGACCUAUACUCAACUUUAGAAGAAGCCUAAACGCAUCUUCUGAUGAUGGUAGCGCAAAUAAUUCAGGUGCUGGUAACGCAACUGUUUCAAGCGCUAAAGAUUACGUUGAAAGUUUACAUCAGAAUUCUCGAGCCACAUUAUUGUACGGCAAAAAUAAUGUACGCGUACAACCGAAAGAUGUGGAAGAACCCAUGGCAGGCUACUUAAGCCUCCAUCAAACGGCCGCUGGGCUUGUUAUUAAAUGGACGCCAAAUCAACUCAUGAAUGGUUACGCUGAAAGCGAAGGAAUUGAUAAAAGUGUAUACUGGGCGAUGUCACUCCAGGUUUGUGUAUGGGAAGUGGUGUAUGUGCACGUGCAUCGGUCCCAAGCGAGUGAUGCACUUAUAUUAGUUGGACAAGAUGGGGUUCAACGGCCGCCCAUACAUUUUCCUAAAGGGGGACAUUUACUAUCCUUUUUGAGUAAUCUAGAAACGGGACUAUUACCACAUGGUCAACUUGACCCACCGCUGUGGUCACAACGAGGAACGGGCAAGGUAUUCGGUCGUAACAAAAUACGACGACGUCCACUGCCAAGUCUGUGCGAGAGUGGCGAGUCAGAGGAGCCGGACUGGGAGGAAGUGGCCGGGGACUACGUAUUCCGUAUUGUUAACAAUGCUAUCGCUGAUAGAGAAGCAAUGCGUCACUCGCUAUUAGAGAGGGUGGUGCAGUCGCCUCCGCGCACGCCGCGCCGCCCGCUCGCCUCCACCUCCACCACCUCCUCCGACUCGUCCACAUUGUCCGUGGACUGUCCCGUGGGAAUAAAUGGACAUGCUGCUCCGGUGCCCAAUCCCAUCGUAGAAGAGGUAGCAUCAAUCGAGCUAGUGUGCAGCACGAUGCGGCGACAGAUCAUCUCGCGCGCGUUCUACGGCUGGCUGGCGUACUGCCGGCACCUGUCCACCGUGCGCACGCACCUCAGUGGACUGGUGCAUCCUAAUAUCAUAUCUACAGAAGGCACAGAGUCCGGAAUAACAGAAGAACUGUGGCGGUCGAUGAUGGACAACCGCGGCGUGGUCUGCGACAAGGACGAGGUGUAUAGACUAGUUUACUAUGGGGGCGUGCAACACGACAUCAGGAAGGAGGUCUGGCCGUUCCUUUUGGGAUAUUACGAAUUCGGCUCAACAGCGGAAGAGAGAGCGGAACAAGACGUAGUAUAUCGUCGUCAGUACGAGACCACGAUGUCGGAGUGGUUGUGCGUGGAGGCCAUCGUGCGGCAAAGGGACAGGGAGGCGACGGCCGCUUCUAUCGCGCGCCUUACUGAGUCUUCGGGGAAGAAACCUGAGCUUGUUGAGCCUGAGGUAUUUGAAGACGAUUGCAGUGUAAUAUCAGACAAUCCCCCAAUCGUAUCCCCCGAGCCGAGCGAUACUGAGCAAAGAAAAGAAAAACCAAUACUAUCAAGAGCGCCCAGCAUAGAUGAAGUAGAUAACAUCGAAAUGGAUUCUGAAGAUAAAACUAAAGAUACUAAAUUAAAUGGAGACACGACUGAUAGUCGGGAUAGUGUAUCUGAAUUAGAGGACGAAGAAGUAUAUAUAAAAAGUGUUGUUGAAAACCCUGAUAUGAGACGAGAAAGUAUAGCGGAAAUUAAACGGCUAGCUGAAGGCAUAGUACAAAAGGGUGAUGGACGUGGUCUUCUAUGUAGUGUUGAUAGUGGAAAUACGAACCUUAACGGUAGUGAAAUAAGGACGGAUGAGAAUGAGGCGAGUUCUCUUCAACAGCAUACGAGUGUGAUUGUGACUAAUCCUUCGGUUGAUCUCGUUCCGUCUGGUUCGCCUGCGUCUGGUGGUACUACAGCCAACGCGAGCCCGUCGCGCAGUCCGCUGGGCGUGGUGCGCGAGGAGUCGCAGUCGGCGGGCGCGUCCAUCGACACGCUGGAGCCCGACGCGCGCCCCGACACGCGCUCCAACUGCGUGUCGCCGGCCAGCUCUAAUGGCGGGGUUUAUUCUAAUGAGUUGGUGGAGAGUUUCGCGCUGAAUCUACAUCGAAUUGAAAAGGAUGUGCAAAGGUGUGACCGCAAUUAUCCUUUCUUCACCGACGAAAAUCUGGACAAAUUGCGAAACAUUAUGUGCACCUACGUGUGGGAGCACCUGGACACAGGCUACAUGCAGGGCAUGUGCGACCUGGCGGCGCCGCUGCUGGUGGUGGCGCGCGACGAGGCGGCCGCGCACGCGCUCUUCACGCGCCUCAUGCUGCGCGCGCGGCACAACUUCCCCUCGGGACAGGCUAUGGACGCGCACUUUGCCGAUAUGCGGUCAUUAAUCCAGAUUUUGGACUGUGAGCUGUAUGAGCUGAUGCACGCACACGGCGACUACACGCACUUCUACUUCUGCUACCGCUGGUUCCUGCUCGACUUUAAGCGGGAGCUGCUCUAUCAGGAUGUAUUCUCCGCGUGGGAGCUGAUCUGGGCGGCGCAACGCGUCGCCUCCGAGCACAUGGUGCUCUUCAUAGCGCUGGCGCUGCUAGAGACCUACCGCGACGUCAUACUCGCUAAUGCCAUGGACUUCACUGACAUUAUCAAGUUCUUUAAUGAAAUGGCCGAGCGUCACAACGCGUCUGCAGUGUUGACUCUCGCUAGAGAUCUAGUUUUACAAGUUCAAACUUUAAUAGAAAACAAA